GCGAAAACUUUUCUGGCGUGCCGAAUCGCACUGGGCAGAGCAAGUGCGGUGAAGGAAGAUAGCCCCCCCAAGUUUCCUGAAUUCUUUGCGUCAUGCUUGGUUCGGAGUCAGCCAUCCCGCCUUGCAGCAAAAGCUCGCGGAGCUGAACACGCGGACCCUGUUGCUGACUGGCAACAGGUAUACCGGGUACGGCAUCGGGAUCAAGUGCUACCUUUUGCCUUGUGCGAGGUGGUCUUCGAGGAGCGACGCGCGGUUGCAAAACCUCUUAUCUGCGAGUUUUGCGAGCAGCGACCGGCAACUGUGUACUGCAAGUCGAAUGACAAUGCACACUUCUGUGCAGCGUGCGAUGCAGCGCACCACUCGGAGAAUGAGUUCUUUGCAAGGCAUCAGAGGUUCGCCUUGGAACAUUCACCUCUUCAGUUCGGCCUUUGCCGACAUCAUCCCUCCGAGCGCUAUGAAAGUGUGUGCUUGCAGUGCAAGACGAUGCUUUGCCGAAUGUGCAACAAGUUUGGAGACCAUGCGCGGAAGGAGCACGAAGGGCACAGCCUGAUGUCGACCGUGGAGGCGUUCCAGCAGGCCAUGCAGGCGAGCACGGAGUCUGAUGCCGAGCACGGUAAACACAGCUUCGCUCUACAAGAGGUGAUGCAGGAGAGGCACUUUCAGCUGAUGGAGGUACAUUCGAACUUUGAGGAGACACAAGGGCAGAUGGAUGUCGUCCUUAGAGGCGCUCUGGAUCAGCUCGAGCGGGCACAGUCUCGCAAGUUGGAGUUCCUGCAGUCCAUGAAGCGACAGGUGACGACGCAGCUCCUCUUCAUCCAAUGGUUGGACAACUUCCAAGCUCACGCUCGAAUGGCCUUGCCUCCUGCAGACUUUGUUGUGGCCACGAAGAGGCACGAAGGUUUGCUGGCUGCGAUGUUUGGCUCUGAUGGAAGCCCCCUUAAGGGCGCAGAGCUGGGGAUUGGCCCUGUCCCGCUGUGGGUGGAUGAAGAGCUGCUUCUCGAGGGGGCUGUGUCUGUCCAGCUGACGUCCCUUCCACCUCCCAUAGCUGAACCUGGUCCAAUGCCUCCGAACGCAACGGUGUCUGCUCUUGAAGAGGUGCCACCCGUUCCACAGCUUGCAAACGUCGGUGCAGCGAUUGGCAGGAGCAUGGACACCCUGGAGGAGCCUGGCUCUUCGUACCUGGAGGCGACCCCCAGGCGUCGCUCGAAUAAUCCCCCGCCAGCGGGCAUUGGAGGAAUCAGCGACACUCUGUACGUCAAAGCAGAGUCAGGUCGAACUGCGGGGGAUGUCGGCAAAUUGACAUCCGAGCGGCAAGUUGAAGCUGGAGUUCUUGAUGCUUCGGCCGUGACUGCGGUCGAUCAAAUUCCAGGUGGCCAGAGCCGCGCAGAGUUUGAUGGUUACAUCUCGCAGGCUGCCUGGAUAGUCCUAUCUUUCUCGACUUGGUACUUGGAAGAAGCACAGAAAAACUCCCGAGCAGCAGUGGCCGUGCCUCCCCGUGUUCCAAGUCUGCAGCUUGCGACCGAGGUUCUCGUUCAACUGCGCCAGAGUCGGAUGCUUAGACUAUUCCGACACACCGUGUUGUGCAGCAGUGAUCUGCAUCUUGACCUGUCGCAAGGUGCAAUGUGUCAGUGUGACCGCAGUGGGGGCGGAAAAACCGAAAUACACCGAUCGAGGGGCCAGCGAUCGGCGCAAAACUGCGGACACGCACCGAUACACCGAUACACCGAUCGAGGGGCCCGGGGCGGGCGAUCGGCGCAAACCUCCGGACAUUGUUUGCACUUGGCACCGGUGUCAGUUGACUGGUGGCACUCCAGCCUGA